AUGGCGCCUGCUGCCGCAUCAUCUACUAAGAAGACACCGUCACUGAAGGUGUUGACAACACGCUUGAAGGGCAUUCAAACAUCCUUUGGUGAUAUCGUGGAAUUUGUAGACCAUUUCCCAGAGCGAAGUACAACGUCGGAAGUUGAAAUACGUCUACAAAAACUCGACGAACUGUGGGAAAGGUUCGGAGAAACCCUCGUCGACGUCAAGGCACACGAUGAUUUACCAGCCGAUAGCGAGGCUGCCUAUGAUAAGGAGAGACGAGAGUUUAGUAAUUCCUACUAUCGUGCCAAGGCGUUUCUUCUGGAAUGGGUAAAGCAACAACAACCCUCUCCGACGUUGGAACAAUCUAUCCACGGUGGUGAUAUUUCGAUGCAAGAACUCCCGGAUGUUGAAAAGUUUCACUACCUCAAGGGCUGCCUUCAGGGUGAGCCAAAGAGUUUAAUCGACCCGCUGCAAAUAACGCGAGCAAACUACACAAUCGCAUGGAAUACGUUGCUCAAAAGGUAUGACAACAGCAAGCAAUUGAAAAAGCGACAGGUUCAGUCGUUGUUCCAGUUGCCAACCGUUUUAAAGGAAUCCGCCAAUGAACUUCAUUCUCUACUGGAGAGCUUCGAGAGAGUCGUGCAGACUCUGCAUCAGAUAGUGCAGCCGGGUGAUUAUAAGGAUCUUCUUCUUACGAAUUUCCUCACAAUGCGAUUGGAUCCGUCAACUCGCAGAAGUUGGGAAGAGUUUUCGUCUACACAGGAAACUGAUACGGUUAAGGAGUUAUUGGAAUUUCUCCAUCGACGGAUCCAAGUUCUGGAAUGCUUACCAUCAAGGGCGAUGGAAGCAAGGGUGCAAUACCAACCACUACCGCAAAAGCAGAAAGUUUCGGCGGUAAAAACUAGCUAUAACACGGUGCAAUCGUCUGGGGGACGCUGCAUGGCGUGUUCGGCAAAUCAUUUUCUAUUUCAAUGCGGAAAAUUCCAACGGAUCUCCUUAACGGAGCGUGAUGGUUUCGUUCGUACUCACACUCUCUGUCGUAAUUGCUUUAGACUGGGUCACCAGGCAAAGGAUUGCCAGGCUAAAUAUUCUUGUCGAAUAUGCAAGGCACGUCACCACACGAUGGUAUGCUUUAAGCAGGAAAGGGAUAGUAGACCUAGGCCGCCACCUGCUAGCGGUGAAAACUCCGGUGCGACCUCAACUUAUCAUCUACCGACGUCAUCAAAUUCAUCACAGGUUGACAACCUGGCGGCUACCAACAUAUCGGUCUCGAAUUCCGCUAUGCAGCUCACAUCGCAAGUCUUAUUGGCCACUGCUGUGGUUCUCGUCGAGGAUGAUGAGGGAAAUCAAAUACCAGCUCGCGCGCUUCUCGACUCGGGCUCUGAAAGCAAUUUCAUUUCGGAGCAUUUGAGCCAACGAUUAAAGGUGGAUCGGCAAAAGGUACAUAUUUCAGUCCUUGGUAUAGGACAGGCAUCUGCAAAGGUUAAACAACGGGUUCAAGCUACAAUACGCUCUAGAGUAUCAAGGUUUUCACGGGAAUUGAACUUUCUGGUUUUACCCAAGGUGACAGUUCAUUUACCGACAACUUCAAUUAAUACGAAAGGAUGGACCAUACAAAAUGAUAUCCAGUUAGCUGACCCUUCAUUCUCGGUGUCUAUGGGAGUAGACAUAGUACUUGGUAUCGAAGCAUUUUUUGAUUUCUUCGUGUCUGGUCGGAAGCUCAUUUUGGGAGAGCAGAUGCCAUCGCUUAACGAGUCGGUAUUCGGAUGGGUGGUCUGCGGCGGAUUAUCAUCUCAUAAGCAAUCACCUCAUAUCAGCUGUCAUAUGACCGAGGACAGGUUGGAUGAAUUGGUUGCUAGAUUUUGGGCAUGUGAAGAGGUCGAUAUCAAAAAAUCUUAUUCACCGGAGGAAGAGCGGUGUGAGAAACUGUUUACGCAGACCGUACAACGGGGACCUGAUGGACGAUACACUGUUGCAUUACCUAUGGCCGAGGGGGCCAUAUCGCGGUUGGGCGAGUCGAAAAACAUUGCACUACGACGUCUCCACGCAACGGAAAGGAGGUUGGCAAGGAACUCAGGCUUGCUUGACCAGUAUAAGGCGUUCAUGAGCGAAUAUCUAGAUUUGGGGCAUAUGCGCUUGGUUGAGGAAGACCAACGAGCAGUAGUAGGCCGAUGCUACUUACCGCAUCAUCCGGUUGUUAAGGAGGCCAGUACGACCACAAAGGUGCGCGUUGUCUUCGACGCGUCUUGUAAGACAUCAACGGGAAUUUCGCUGAACGACGUAUUGUUGACGGGACCGGUGAUCCAGGAGGAGUUACGGUCAAUUAUAUUACGCUGUAGGACCAAGCAAAUUAUGCUGGUAGCCGACGUUGAAAAAAUGUUUCGGCAGAUUGUGAUCGACCCAAACGAUAGGCCGCUACAGUGUAUUCUUUGGCGCUCGUCGCCUACUGAGGAGGUGGCGACCUACGAACUAAAUACAGUGACGUACGGUACUAAACCCGCUCCGUUUCUUGCGACACGCGUCUUGCAGCAGCUGGCAUUAGAUGAAGGGGAACAUUUUGCUUUGGCAGCAAGGGCCAUCACCGAAGACACAUAUAUGGAUGAUGUCAUCACAGGAUCUAACGACAGUGCAGAAGCUCUACAGCUGAGAUUGCAACUGGAUGAAAUUAUGAAUAGUGGUGGAUUUCGAUUGCGCAAGUGGGCAUCGAACUGCGCAGAGGUGUUACGAGGUAUUCCGAGCGAGAAUCUGGCGAUUGAUCUCAUUCUCAGCCCUCAGUUCCGAAAAAUCGGCUACGAUAUCAUCAAACUUGGAAGAUAA